AACAAAAAAAACAGGCGGCAAGCUGAUCGUUGAAGAGCAAGAGAACAAAUAUAAGUAGAACACCCAAAUUGAGAUUAACUGCUGACUUUGGAGAAUUGUUGAAUUAACAGGCCAAUCAUUUGGCUUUGCAAUGGUUAAUAAAGAAAAUGAAUUCAGUGCGGGACAGCAGGUGAAAUGGAUCGGCGGCCACGAUUCAUCUAAAAGUGUUAAAGGCUUGGAGCACAAAAACGUGUACUUCUACGAAAAGUGUAUCUACGGACCUUUGACUCUGACGGUAGGUGACUACAUCUUGGUGUCGAAUGCCGAUGCAGCUGAACCCGAUACUGUGGACGGAUGCGACGUGGCCAAGAUCCUGCAUAUGUACGAUCUCCGCGAACAAACUGAUCGUGAUCCCUGCCGCGCCGUUGUCCAGUGGUACUCCCGCCCCCAGGCUAUCCCACAACAGAAUUACGACGACGACAGCAUCGCUAUUGAUUUCGACCUAGAGGUCAUCGAGGAACAUAGGCCGUACGACAACGACGUCGCUCUAGGAGCCAUCUAUCGCAAGUGCAUUGUUUUAGAGGGUACCUCUCAAAAAUCAGCGCAGGAGAUUAUCAGUAGUAAGGCCCACAAACUGAAGACCACGGCCUGCCCCAUGUUUGUGAGCCGCUACAAGUUCGUCAAGGUGAAGCGGCGUUAUUGCCUGAUUCCCUUGGAGAUACACCUGGAACAACCUGAACCAAAGUCUGCUUCACGCUCUGCGCGCAAAAGCAAGGCUUCCAAUGAGUCAACUGUGGAGAAGAAAAGACGCUCCGUGGUGGCGGCCAACUCUCUGGAAUUCGUCGACGUCAACUACUUUAACUGCGAGAACAAGGUGUCGCCCAUUAAGAUUGUGGGCGGGCGCAGUGUGGUGCGCCUUUCGGAGAAGAAGAAGUCGGCCCACAAGGACGAGGAGAUCAAUGCUAACUAUCUACCAGCCUCGCCGCUAACAGAAAAAAAUGCGAAGGUGGAAACGCCUAAGUCGCGUGCCUCAGCUGCGCGACGCAAUCUUAAUCUCAGCCUGGACAGAGGAGCUGACUCCACGGCCGAUUCGGAAUGUCUAAACUACUCUAUUGUCCAGCAAACGCCGGAUCCAAAGACGCCGUCCAAUGACAUGAAAAUAAAGCUGCGCCUAUCGGAGAGACGGCGUUCUGUAAGAUUGGCUUCCAUGGAUCACGAUCCUCUGGCUAUUGAGGAGCCAACAGAGACAACCAAAACCCCGUCGCGCAAACGCUUAGGUGUGACCAAUGGAGAUAUUUACCACACGCCUACUAAGAAGGUUAAGGAACCAGUUGCUGGGGCGGAACUAACGCCAUCGACAAGACGCAAGAGCAUCUUGAAGUCAACCACCAGUAGAUUAGCUGAGGGAACCCCCAGAAGAAGUAUUCAACUAUCCAAUAUUGUGGAGAAACGCGUCUUCAAGGAGGACGAAAUCAUAUCCACGCCGAAAAGAAGCCGCGCCAAGAAAGUCUCAGAAGAUGAGCGCGAGGAUGAAGACUACACACCUAAGAAAGCGACCCAAAAAACUCCCACCCGGCCACGCCGAAUGAGCACCACUACAAAGACUUCAACUACUCCUAGCAAAGCAACAGCCACUCCAAGUAAGGGAGCUGCUGCCCCCAUGACACCCUCACAGAAAAUGAAUAAAAUCCGUUCCGGCGAAUUGAGUCCUAGUAUGCAGCAGCGCACAGAUCGUCCGAUGGAAGACUCCAGUAAGUCACAGCUGCAGUUGGCCCGGGAACAGCUCCACGUUUCCGUGGUGCCCACGAGCCUGCCCUGCCGCGAACGGGAGUUUGAGAACAUUUACGCUUUCCUUGAGGGAAAGAUCCAGGACCAGUGCGGCGGAUGCAUGUAUGUGUCUGGUGUGCCGGGCACAGGUAAAACUGCUACUGUCACUGGAGUUAUACGUACACUACAGCGCCUGGCCAAGAAGAACGAGCUUCCAGCUUUCGAGUUUUUGGAGAUUAAUGGAAUGCGCCUAACAGAACCGCGUCAGGCUUACGUUCAGAUUUACAAGCAGCUGACUGGAAAGACCGUGUCCUGGGAGCACGCCCACUCGCUGCUGGAGAAGCGAUUUACCACACCUGCUCCACGCAGAGUUACUACCGUUUUGUUGGUGGACGAGCUGGAUAUUCUAUGCAACCGUCGGCAGGACGUGGUCUACAAUCUGCUAGACUGGCCCACAAAGUCGGCUGCCAAGCUUGUGGUAGUAACGAUUGCCAACACCAUGGAUCUGCCAGAGAGGUUGCUAAUGGGCAAGGUUACCUCACGUCUUGGGCUAACCCGACUCACGUUCCAGCCGUACUCACACAAGCAGCUACAGGAGAUUGUUACUGCUCGACUGGGUGGCUCGCAGGCGUUCAAGGGUGAGGCCGUGCAGUUAGUGGCGCGUAAGGUGGCUGCUGUGUCCGGAGAUGCCCGCCGAGCCCUUGACAUUUGCAGGAGAUCCACAGAAAUCGCUGACGCCGACAGUGCAACUGUUAAGUGCGUGACCAUGCUGCAUGUGCAGCAAGCCCUGGCGGAAAUGAUUGCCAGUGCCAAGGUGCAAGCUAUUAAGAACUGUUCCCGCUUAGAGCAGAUCUUCCUACAGGCGGUGGCUGCAGAGGUCACGCGUACUGGCGUCGAGGAGACUACUUUCAUGGGCGUCUACACGCAGGUGGAGACGAUUGCUGCCUUCAUGGGCGCAGCCGUCCCAGCGCCAGGCCGCGCCUUACGACUGUGCGCCAAGUUAGGUGCUGAGCGUCUCAUUAUCAGCGAACACUCUCGCAAUGAUCUUUUCCAGAAAAUCUUACUAAACGUCAGCGCCGAUGACAUUCAUUACGCUCUUCGCGUCGGCGAAGUAGCAUCCUAAAUUUAAGUUAAAGAUAAUAGUUAAUUUUAAAAUAAUCUACAUUUAUCUAAACCAAUUCAAACUACUAACCACAUUUCUGUAUUAGCUUAAGCGUUU